GUGUCAACGCUCUAUAAAGUAUGAAGAGAGUCCCCCUAUAGUGAAGGAAACAUGGCAGAUAAGAGGAAGCUACAAGGUGAGAUCGAUCGGUGUCUCAAAAAGGUAUCCGAAGGUGUGGAGCAGUUUGAAGAUAUCUGGCAGAAGCUCCAUAAUGCAGCAAAUGCCAAUCAGAAGGAGAAAUAUGAAGCCGAUCUGAAAAAGGAGAUUAAGAAGCUCCAGGUAAGAAUGAGCCAAGCUUCAUGUAGACCUGCAUUUCAAAUGAUCAAAUGCUGGAAAAUGCAUGCUAGGGGCUGGAUUCUGAGCCCUCCUGGGAACUGUUUCGUUCUUUGCAUUAACUCACUGAGACUUUGUAAUCUCUCUUUCCAGCAAAUGGAGCGGUUCAAGGUAGUGGAACGUGAGACCAAGACAAAAGCCUACUCUAAAGAGGGUUUGGGCCUGGCCCAGAAAGUGGACCCAGUCCAGAAGGAGAAAGAGGAAGUUGGGCAGUGGCUGACGAAUACAAUAGACACCUUGAACAUGCAGGUGGAUCAGUUUGAGAGCGAAGUAGAGUCACUCUCGGUCCAGACGCGCAAGAAGAAAGGAGACAAGGAUAAGCAAGACCGGAUUGAGGGCCUGAAGCGGCACAUUGAGAAGCAUCGGUACCACAUCCGGAUGCUGGAGACAAUUCUGCGCAUGCUGGACAAUGACUCCAUCAACGUGGACUCUAUCCGCAAAAUCAAGGAUGAUGUGGAGUAUUACGUAGAUUCUUCACAGGACCCCGAUUUUGAGGAGAAUGAGUUUCUCUAUGAUGACCUUGACUUAGAAGACAUUCCACAGGCACUGGUAGCCACUUCCCCACCCAGCCAUAGUCACAUGGACGAUGAGAUGUUCAACCAGUCCAGCAGCACACCCACCUCAACCACAUCCAGCUCCCCAAUCCCGCCCAGCCCUGCAAACUGCACAACGGAGAACUCUGAAGAUGAUAAGAAACGAGGACGGUCAACAGACAGUGAAGUCAGCCAAUCCCCAGCAAAGAACGGUUCAAAAGGCCUCCACCAGCCUCCUCCCACCAUCCCUUCCAGCUACCCGAUGGGCGGCAGCUCUAGCACAUCAUCCUCCGUGGGCAAUGGGCCUGACUCCAACAGUAAUGGGGCAAUCGCUGGCAGUGGGAAUGCAAGCAACAAAGCUAACCUGGCAGGGCACGCACCGACUACCCCGACCCCUUAUGCGCAGGCUGUGGCACCCCUGCCUCCCAGCACCAACGCCUUGCAGCCCCGGCCUCCUAGCACCCAGCAGAACGCCAGCAAACAGAACGGUGCAACCAGUUACAGCUCUGUGGUAGCCGACAGCAGCUCAGAUUCGACACUAAGCAGUGGCAAUCAGUUGUUGCCUAACCAGACAGCAUCACACAACCCACCCAGUGCUUCCACGUGA